UUGCCUCAGUUUGUCAUGCGUCGAUCUACCGAUUGGGAUUUUGUUGUUUGUUUUCAUUGAAUAAAAAAAAUAAUAAUCAUAAUAUUUUUAAAUUAACGUUAAGGACUUUUCAAAUAACUUAUACUUAAAAAAACUUAAUUAUGUUGCUCGCCAAGCUACCCUGUUUAUUUAUUGCGUGUGUAUUGUUUUUUUACGAGAUUCAUGCCUCUAAUCAUUGGAUGGUUACUGAAAGUGGCUUAAUACAGCCGAGGCUUGAUUCGCCGUUUGAAAUGGCCCGUCCUUAUGAUCUUUUACAAUUUUUAAAUCAAGAACAACGGUGGGAUAGUAUAUCAGAUCUUUUUAAUGAUCUUAUAAAUAGACAAAUAGAGAUAGACAAGCUCUGGGCUAAUGUUCGGAAAUAUACAGAUGUUGGAAGGCAGAUAGCCCAGAAUGAUGAUUGCAUAAAAGCCGGUAAUGUUAACAUAAUAGAUUGGUUUGCUGCUCUUCUAGAGGAUGGUUCUAAUAAAAUACAUCCAAAUGAAUUUUUACUCCCUAAUCCUUAUUAUGGUCCAAACAGCGAUAUACCUGAUUGUAAACGAAUAUCAUCAUUACCAUUUAGUAUGUCUGCCUUUGAGCACUUAGAGAGUCUGAGACAAAGGGUGAAUUUAACAGCCAAUCCAGAAUUUGUGUUGCCAGAAUUAAUAUCACCCAUCAUGACUCUUGAUCAGUAUGGACACUGGCUGUCUGGGAUACUUCAUCGUAAUAGUUCUUCCUGGUUACAUUACCACAUGGCAUCCCUAUAUUGGAGGGUUAGGGGCAGUGCUACGAAAGCUAUUGAAUGCUCACGCCGUGCUUUACAUUAUGUCCCAAGAGUAUUUAAAGAUGUAGCUCUAGGGAGUCUUGGAAUGGUUUUACAUCGUUGUGGUAAAACAAAUGAUGCUAUAGUUAUACUUAAUGCAGCUGUAGAGCAUGAUCCAAAGAAUUAUGUGAGUCAUUUUUCAAUUGCGAAUGCUUAUACCGUGAUUGGUGAAUUUAACACGUCAUUAAAAUUUUAUGACCAAACUUUAAAAUUGAAUCCAAGAAUGGAAUUGGCAAUUAGACAUAAAUAUGGGGUGUUAUGUCACGCAAAAUUAGCAGUCAGGAUAAAAGCGAUAAGGGAAACACUGAACAAGCUACGUGGUGAAUUACAUGAUUACAAACAAAAGGAAGCUGCAUGGCCUAAAAUGCAAGCAGAAUUCUUAAGAACUUUAAAAAAUGGAGAAGACUUUGAUUAUAGAAAUAAGGAAAAGAACUCUGAGAAGAUGUCAUUGAUAACCGGUUUGGAUAUAAAGAAAUUAAAGAAUUAUAUAGAGAAAAAUUCUCUGAUAAAAUACUUCAUUGAUGGUCCAUUGUAUAGCGAUGAAACUUUGGGAAAACAGGGUAUUGAUGCUAUGGAGACCAUUUAUAACCUGGAGAAACUGAUUAAAAAUAUAAAUAAAAAUGGUCGCAAUGCCCCCGAAACGUCAUUUCAGACUGAAAAACCAAUUGAAAUAAAGAACUUUAAUGAUAAACCUUCCCCUGCACCAUCAAUUCCAGAUAACCCUUUCCCAAACGAGGCUAAACCGGUACCACAUAGCAACGAGAAGAAGGUUACAAAAACUCCACGAGAAUCUUUGUCUGAAUAUGAAACUGGUAUAUUUAUAUAUGCAUCAAUAACAAUUAAUAGAAACGUAGAAGAUUUUGACAAAGAGAUCGAGUGGCCGUCAGAUGAACUGUGCAAAAAUGUACCAAAGAUGCCUAAAAGCUUAGAUGCUGUCAUUCCAGUUUUCCUGCCUUUUGAGAAUAAAGGUAUAAGGUUUCGGUCUCUAUUCACUGAGAAGCUGGGCGUGCCGCUAAGCGAGGAGCACGAGCUGCCGUGGCAUCCGCCCGUCUGCGCGCUCGACCGAGACGCCGCGCACUACGCGCACAAGAAGAACAGACAAAGUACUCCUGAAAUAGUAGACACGGAUUUCAUGCGAACAAAACUUCUGGAAUACGUCAGCGAUGGAAACGUCGAUGCGACUAAGCAUAUGCAAGAGGCUGAAAUAGGGCAGCGUAUUUACGUAGCUAUGAAAAAGAAACUGGCCCCGAAAUGGAUGCUGCUCACACUAUCGUCUCUAUAUUGGAGAGUUCGCAAAAACAAUGUGAACGCUCUACAUUGUCUCCACAACGCCGUCCGCUGGGUGCAGGAGGAGUACAAGGACUUAGUGCUGGUGUCUCUGGGUUCGGUUUACCUCGAAAUGGGAUACUACGACGAGGCUUUGGCGACGGCUGAUGCGGCAUUCCGACUUAGUUUAUACGAGCCCGCGACUAACUUCCUGCUGGCUCAAAUAAAUAUAAUGAAAAAGAACCACAACACGCACAUGUUCCACCUGAAGCAGACGCUGCGGGUGGAGGCGGGCUACAUGGACGGGCUGGCGCGGAACUUGCUCAGCAACUGGGCCUGCCUCCUGAAACAGCUCAGUAAUUUGAAAGAAAUGGAUAUGGGGGAGGGCGAUAUAUGUACGCACGUUAAACCCAUGGUCAACGUGGUGUGCGAGAAGGACGGCGAAAACUGCCAAAUGAGUAACAUACAGUGUUUCAGCAGCCAUGAUAGAGCCGACACGAGCAAACUGGUGGUGCUACUUAAAGAAAAGGACCGACACCAGACGCUGGACAACCUGGACGCGAGCUUCUUCGACAACUUCAUAACGAACCGGCCGGCGGACAAGGCGGACCGGCUGGCGCACCACGCCAACUACGACACCUUGGUGCGCACCGUCGAGGGCGCGCUCAAGGGCUGCGGGCCCGCCGGCUGCCACAAUCUCAAACCGGAAGACAUGUCGAUGAAGGAGCAAGAUUGCUCGUAUCAUCACUUCCAGUUGGGCUACUGGCUGCAUAUCGUCAGUUUUAGACAACUGCUCACGGAUUCGGAUGUCCAAUUGCCGACAGAAAUAACAUUAGUGACACCUUCGAACAAAAAAGUGCCCGAAUGUCGUAUAAUUGGUGACCCAAUGGAAGACUUCGUCACUGAGAAACUGAACCGUGUAAGCACAGAAGACUGGGAACCCGUGCUAAGCCUAAUGCAUCAGUUAGCAGAAAUGUUCGACUCAUUUGACUACGUUACCCUCGGAGCUAAGAUUGCUAAAUAUGUUGAAAUGCGGCCGAACUCGUGGACGGGCGCGCUGGUGGCGGCCUGGUGGUGCGGCGCGGGCGGGCGCGGCGCCUGCGCCGUGCGCUGCGUGCGCGCCGCCUACGCGCUGGCGUCGCGCGCGCACUCGCCGCACGCCCUGCGCGCGCUCGUGGCUCUGCUGCACGUGCAAUCGAAACAACUGGAUGCGAAGGAAGUCGCUUACUUGUCCUUCUACAUGUCGCCAAAGAGUAAGAUCGAAGCGUUUUUAGUUGCCGUCUCACACUCCUAUCUCGCUGAGUACGAACAAGCCGUGUGGAUGUACCGUUACGCGCUCGCCUUCGACGAGAAGUUCAUUCCGGCGAAGGCGUGUCUACACGCGACCAUGUGUCUCAUGUUCUACGGAGACAAUCAGGGGACAGCCAAGGAGGAAUAGAUAUUUUAAUUAAAUAUAUAAAAGGCAAGCCAUUAUAAAGGCUGGAUAUGUACCUACUUGAAAUAUGCCUAAGAAAUUGUUGCGAACAUUAAGGUGCGUUUCCACUAAAAUAUUUUGUCAAAACAAAAUAACUAACUACUAUGCUUGCAUUUCUUCAAUCGAUACAAAACUUGUGCCGAUAACACGAAAGUUUACAAUUUUUCUUUAGUGGAGACGCAGCUUUGUGUUUAAUUUCGUUUGUAUUACAUCUUAUAUAAAGUUGAGUAAUAUGAAUGGGAAAUGUCUCUCUGAAUAGCUUCCUCCACAAGAUAUGAUACGAAUUAGCUUAAUAAUAUCAAUAUAAUCUAAAUGUUUAUACCCAUUUAUAACAAAAA